AAUGGCCGUCGUAUCGGUGAUGACUUCCGACUAACAAAGUCAGUGUUAUUUGAAUGCAACGAGGGCUAUGAUCUCAUCGAGGAACGGACGAUCAAAUGCAACCUUGGUGUAUGGUUGGGAGAAAUACCGCGCUGCAGAGCUCGGGACUGUCCUGAGAUCAACAUGACACACCUAGACCCCAACCUACGUCUCACGAUAAAUGGAGGCAACUCACCAGGCUCAGUAGUGAUAUUUACUUGCCAAUCCGGAUUCCAUCCGGUAGGAGAAACACGCCUCACUUGCGAGGGUGGCAGCUGGUCUCCUUCCUUCCCUACUUGUGCAGCCGAUGUUCCUGAUGACACAGGCCCGCUAUUGGGGCCAGAUGACUGCAACUGUGAGCUGUGGGAGAGAUGUGUGGCCAACAGCAAUGGUCCAUCAACAUGCCACUGCAUCCACCCGCGGCAGUGUGAUGACGUAGGCCAGGAGCAAUACUGUGGGAGUGACGGUCGAACGUACCCCAGCAUCUGCAGAAUGAAGGCUGGAGGCUGUCUGCUGGACUUGGACAUACAGGUCGUCAGCAAUGGACCUUGCCCAGAAAAUGACUACGCGGCCUGCGGGUACAGUGAAUAUGCAGAACAGAGGAUAUUUGGAAGGAUAUCCGGCGGCACUGAUGCUGCAGAAGGCCAGUGGCCCUGGCAGGUGGCGCUCUUCUGUCAUCGGAACUGCACAAGAUGUGAGCCCAGGUUUUUCUGUGGUGGUAGUCUCAUUGCUCGUAACUGGGUUCUGUCAGCUGCACACUGCUUCGAACGAUGCCCAUGGUCUGCCAUCAGAGUAUAUACAGGAAUUCGUAAUAAAUCCAGGUCAGCUCUUCGACUGGUCGACCCAGCCCUUGUGUAUACCCUUGAUGGAGACGACGCCCUAAUAAAGCAUGAGGCGUUUAAUUCGGACCUUGAUAACGAUAUUGCCGUUUUACGAUUGAGCCGUGAUGUCAUGCUGAGCUCAGGAAUAAGACCAAUCUGCAUGCCAAAACUUGCUAUGAAAGAAAGAACACUUUAUUCACCACACGGAGAACCACCAUAUGUGGCUGGAUGGGGCACUACGCAACCCUAUGAUUACGGUAAUCUGUGCUUUGACGGAUACAGGCCUACCUCGUCUCUCCUCAAAUUCCUUAUUGUCCCCAUGCGCACUGACAGAGAAUGCAGGGACAGUUUCAUCAACCACUAUGAGUGUACGGGUGUGUCCUUUUACAAGCCUGCAAUCGCGUUUUGUGCGGGAGUACCGGAGGGAGGCCUGGAUGCGUGUAAGGGAGACUCGGGAGGGCCAGUCAUGAGGCAGAUGACCGUUGCAGACGGCAGCAAACGAUGGGUCCAGAUAGGCAUUGUCAGCUGGGGUGAGGGGUGCGCCGUGGAAGGUCGAUACGGUAUUUACACAAGACUUUCGGCAUAUACCGACUGGAUUGAAAGUCACAUUGAGUUUUCAACAACUGAACAUGCGACAGAUCAAGAUUCAACGACGGUCUUAUCAACGGAAUCUAAAACUGAAGACUACUCGCUGUGCGGGCGCAAUGGAAAACUUCGUCACCAGCCUUAUUCAAGAAUAGCUGGCGGGAGUUUUGCUGAACAUGGUGAUUGGCCCUGGCAGGUGGCUCUGUUCUGUGACUUGGGUAUUGCAGGAUGUUAUGAAUGUGUGCCCCGGUUUUUCUGUGGUGGUAGUCUUAUUGCUCGCAACUGGGUUCUGUCAGCUGCACACUGCUUCAGAGGCAACCGCUGCCCAUGGUCUGACAUCAGAGUAUACACAGGAAUACUAGACAAAUCUACAAAUUUACUUCGAGAAUUUGACCCAUCCCUAGUGUACAACCUGGAUGGUGAAGACGCCCUGAUAAAACAUGAAGAAUACAAUGACCGAAGCCUUGAUAAUGAUAUAGCCCUGCUGCGUCUGAGCAGGAAUGCCACACUCAGCCCAAACGUCAGACCUAUCUGCAUGCCACAGCCAACAAUGCAAGGUGAGGUGACUCCAUAUUGUACUUGUAAUUAUGGCAGUGGUUAAUUUGUAUAGAGUGUCAU